CUGUGUUCGUUUGAAGACAGAAGGGAGGAAGAAGAUUAAGUUUUUAUCGAUGGAGACAGAAGAGAGGAAAACACAGACUUCGGACGAAACAAUAAGAAAUUGAUGGAAAUGGAAAGUAGAGACGAUGGGGAGGAGGAAGAGGAGGAAGACGGGGAGGAGUUCCGUCUGACCGCGGUCCCUACCAGUAGUGGACGGCUGUUGGACCGAAUGAGCAGCAAGCAGAGCGAGCUGGAGGAACGCCUGGAGGACGUGCUGUCACGCAUCGCAAUGGAGACGCAGGAGAUCAAAGAGCUGGAGCAACAGUUGACGGACAGUCAGAUUUUGGCAAACGAAGCUCUUCAAAGGGACUUGAAGGGAAUCGUCUCUGGGCUGCAGGAAUAUCUGAGAGGACUCAGAGAGCAGGCUUUCGGUGCUCAAGAAAAGGUUCACAGUCUGCAGGCAGAGAACCAGACUCUACAGCGCCACUUAGAGGACAUGCAGAGGCACUGCAGUGUCGACACAUACACCCAGGACACAUCUGUUCAGCAGCGGGAGUUGUCCGUGCUGCGGAUGGAGGCACAGGCUCUAAGACGCAGACAGGUGGAGAGCGACAGGCUGCAGGUGGAGCUGGAGGAGGAGCUCAAACAUCUGAGGGAGGAGCUAACUCCACAGGUCACGCUGGGACACGUAACGCAGGAGUUCCAGGUCAAAGAGGAACAGAUCAGAGAGAUGAUAGAGUCCGAGCUACAGUCGACCGUGGACACAACACAGGGGGACACGUCGUCUGUCCAACAAGUUGUCCACGGACUCCAGGUCCAACUAGACCAGACCAAGAACAGGCUACACCAAACCAAAGUUCAGUACAGAGACGCCAAGGCUCAACUGGACCGAACGAGAACCGAGCUGAACCACUUCAAAAUGGCGUUCCUGGAUUCCGAGAGGAUUCCGUGUGGAUCCGAGGAGCCGAGUGAGGACAAGUACAGUCUUUGCGAUGCUGAGGAUGUGUCCAGAAGUGUGGAGCAGCUGGUAACGACCCUACAGCAGACCAGGACCAGUCGGGACCAGUUGCAACGCGACCUUAAAUACAGCCAGCAGCAGGUAGCUGCGCUGCAGGCCCAAGUAGUCCAGGAUCGGGACCAUAUAGCCACGCUGGAAGCCCAGUUGGAGACCAGGGAUGCCGAGAGGACGCAGUGUCAUCAGAACCAGGAAUUGCUGAGCGUCAGGGACCAGCUACAGACGUACCAGAGCAGCAACAGUCACCUGCAGUCGGAGUUGGAGCAGAGUCGUGCGCAGCUGGAGGAGCUGCUGCUGCAGAGAGACACGCUGCUGUUGCAGAGUCACGACGACCAGAGGAGCCUCCGGGUCCUAAAGAAGAAACUGCAGAAUAUCUCAGCGGGCAGGUGUGAAUCUGACCAGCUGACACCUGCCAUCGAACAACUGAGCGGUCUGAACAGGGCUGCCAAGCUGCUGCUGUCACAGACAGCUGAGGACGACGACGUCCAGAACUCCCACCGGGGUGGACGCGUGCACCGAGCCCAGCAGCUGAGGGUGGAGAUGGAUGAGGCUCAGAAACUCACCCACAGAUUACAGCAGCAGCUGGACCACGGCAAGACGAAGAAGAAGAACAGAUCAAGGACCUGCGACGAGUCCGAGAUGAGGACGGACGCAGGAGAAGACGGAUGGUUCUAUGUACCUCCGGGACACAACGUUCACAGUCUCACUUCACAGGGAACACAGGAUUCUGGGGUCGGACUGCAGUACCGUAGUUCUCCUGACGAGGGCCAACAGCAGUGUAGACCGCCCUCCGGUGGUGGCUACUGGGUUUACAUUACCCCGUCUCACAUGGACAAAGACCAAGCAGCAGCAACAUCAAAAUGGAGGGACAGCGGAGGAGGAGACAGUGAGGCAGACCAGAGCUGCCCAGCAGGAACUCCUUCUGCUGCUCCUCCCUGUCCUGGCUGUUCUCUCCGUCACGCCCCUCUCGUUGCCCCCGCCUGGCUCCUCUGUGGUUCGCCUGCGGGGAUGAUUGACAGCUCUGCGGCGGGAUGUUCGACUCUGCACUGCAAUGUGAUUGGACACAGGGACACGGGGGCGGAGCCUGUGUGUGAGUGCGUGCACACGGAAGCGGAGAAGCUGCAAAAAGAGGGGACGAAACUACGUCUGGAAACCAAAGAGAUUCGACGCACGCUGAGACAACACCGGAGUGUGUUGCAAGUGUGCGAAGAGGUGGAGUGUGUGGAGAAAACUCUCCUGAAGAGACGAGCCGAACUCCGUCAGGCUGACCGGCUGCUGCUGGAGGCUCACAGCAGCGUACACACCACCAGGCAUAAGGCCAGUGCAGCUCAGUGGGAGGCGGACGAGUGGCAACGCAGAGCUCAGGAAGUUGCCGCUUGUCUACAGGAAGUCACACAGCCGUUCAGAGAGCUGCAGACGGAGGUGGAGGAUCUGAGGAGGAGGGGGGCAGAGGAGGCGCAAAACCUGAAGGAGGUUCAGGAAGAGCUGAGGAGCAGAGAGGAGGAGCUUCAACACCUGGGCACAAAGUUACAGUCGGCUACUGCCAGACUGUCCACUCUGCUGUCAGAUGGUCAGGAAGCUCAGAAGAGUCUGGGCAGAAUCAACCAUCAGGUGAAGCUGCAGGAGCAGAAUCUGGCACAGAGAUGGGAGGAGCAUCAGGCAGCUGUGACCCUGGUGAAGGAGGUCAGGGAGGAGGAGCACCGACUGCAGAACUCAGUCAAGGAGCUGAUGGAGCAGCAAAAGAUUCUGCUGAAGGAGAAGCAGUCGACUGUGUCAGCGGUGGAGCUGGAGGAGCAGAAACUCCUCGCGCUUCAGUCUGAAAUCCACACAAACAGAGCAGAGCUGAAACUGAUUUUACAGGAGCUGCUGGCAGAGCAACAGGCACUGGAGGAUAUGAAAACCAAACGCACCCAGGGUGUCCAGCAGCUCCUCGCGCAGAAGGGCGAACUGGACAGGACACAGAGUGAACUGGACAAGACCAGGGAGGAACUGGAGACGGUGACGGACAGACUGGACAGAAAGCAGACCAAGGUGGAGAGCAGGAGGAGUGAAGUGAGAAGGCGGACGGAUGAGCUGGAGACCACGGUGCAGGAGGUGGAAACCACAGUGAAGGAACUGGGCCGAGUCCAGGAGGAAGUGGACAGGAAGAAGGUGGAACUGGCGUCACUGCGACAGGAAGUGGAUUCCUACACGAAGGAAGCCGAGUCAUAUCUGGUGAACAUGACGCAACAGAAAACCGAACUACAGGAGCUGCAGGAGAAACUCAGGAGGAGACAGGACGAGAAAAGGAGUCUGAAGGAGCAGUGUACGCAUCUGGAGGCCAGACGGAGGCACGCCGAGCGGUGUCUUUCUGCGGUGGAGGCAGAGCUUACAAAACAGAGAGAGGAGUACAUCCGCCGACAGCACACGGACAAAGAUGCAGCAGCCACUCAGGAACUAGCAAAUGUUUUGUCUUUUUGAAACAAUAUUAAAUUAUAUAUAAUAAUAAAAUUUAUAUAUAUGUGUGUAAAUAAAUAUUUUGUUUUUUA